AUGGGUGGUCAGGGCAUCCUUAAUCUUCAGAAUUCAAUAAAAGCCUUACUUGGCAAAUGGUGGUGGAAAUUCAUUCUCGCACUGAAUCAUGCUGACUCUGACUCCCACACUUUGAAUGACUCGGAGGGUACUCAGAAGAUCAAGCGUUCCUUAAACUUCCUCAGUUCCAGAUCCUCUGCCUGCACCGGUGAUCUGGCGCCCGAUCAGAUUCAGGAACAUAGUUUUGGCAAACCGUUAACUUCGGUUCUCGAUGACCUACAUGACAAGAAAGAAAGCCAACUUCGAACCUACAUUGUUCACAUCCGAAGGCCGAAGCACGAUGAGUUGCUUGGUGAUGAAGAUGUAGAAGAUUGGCAUAGAUCUUUCUUGCCAAACACUACUCUUGAUACUGGUGAGCCACGGUUGAUUCACUCGUAUCGUCAUGCAAUUAGUGGGUUCGCUGCAAGACUGACUUCAGAAGAAGUGAGGGCCAUAGAGUCCAUGGAAGGCUUCUUGAUAGCCCGUCCAUCUAGGACACUAAAGCUCUCCACUACCUACACACCAAGGUUCUUGGGUUUAGACCGUCAAAGUGGUUUAUGGGUUGACUCGUUCAUGGGGUCAGGGGUCAUAAUUGGUGUUGUUGACAGUGGUAUCACUCCAAACCAUGCUUCUUUUAUGGAUGAUGGCACAAUGCCACCUAAACCCCCCACAUGGAAGGGGAGUUGUCGUUUCCGCAACAAAACACUAUGCAACAACAAGCUCAUUGGCGCUAUUGCAUUUCGCGGCUCAAGAAGGCCUUCACCAAAAGAUGCUAAGAACGACGGGCAUGGGACACAUGUUGCAGGCAUUGCCGCUGGAAGUUUUGUUGAUAACGCUGAUGUUCUUGGGCUUGCCAGGGGCACCGCAUCAGGCACUGCACCUAAAGCUCAUCUUGCUAUUUAUAAGGCUUGCUCCACUAGCAGUUGCAGUGAUGCAGAUAUUGUGGCAGCUAUAGAAGAAGCCAUAAAAAAUGGUGUGGAUAUUCUCUCCCUUUCCUUGGGACAACAAUCUCUUCCUUUCUAUGAUGAUGACAUGAUGAUUGCAACGCUCUCUGCUAUUAGAGCGAAAAUAUUUGUUUGUAUGGCUGCAGGAAACUCAGGCCCUUAUCGAAAAAGUGUUGAGAAUGGUGCUCCAUGGAUCCUUCAUCUGUUGAGCUAG